AUGCGGACAGGACCGUCCGUCCAACCAAAGCGGCCCGGAAGAGCGACCCCCUUCCAGGCACCUAACCGCAAGCCGGACGACUUGUCGCGCGCCUUCUGUACCGCCUCAAUGUCGCCGCGGGACGACACGAAAGCAGAUACGUCAUCGGCGUACGCGGAAACCCUGGCCCGAGACCCUCCAGGCACGGCAAUUCCACGUAGAGCCGGUAUCGUCCUUCAGCCGGCGAAGGAGAGGCUCCAACGCCAAAGCAUAAAGGAGAGGCGACAGCGGACAACCCUGACGAACCGACCUAGACAGCACGAACGCGUCCGACAACCUUCCGUUCACCUGUACCACAGCACUGGGGGAGCGAUACAGAAGGCUAAUCCAGCGGCAGAAGUUGGGUGCGAAUCCAGCGGCCUGCAGGACUGCAGCAAGGUAGCGAUGGUCAACCCUAUCAAAUGCCUUGGACUGAUCCAAAUUGAUCAGCGCGGCUUCUUCGUCGUCUUUUACACCCUCUAUGAUCGUGCGGAUCAGAUGCAGGUUGCUCUGAAUUGUUCAGCCCCUCACAGAACAAGUCUGCUCAGGUCCCAACAGAGACUCGGCAACUGA